GGCGCUUCUGCUGGUGAAAGAGACGAGAAAGAGAAAAAAGAGCAGAAAGAUCAGGUCCCUUAGUUUAAGUGGACGUCUAUGGUUUUUUUGAAUUCAAGGAAAAGGAAUGUCGCAGAGCUCUAAGCAAUCUACUGGACUCCUGAAUGCUGCAAGUAAAACUCAACAUGGGAACUUCCUAGUGGCUAUUAAGCAGGAGAAAGGCGAGACCCCUCGGUUAAUUGGGGAGAAGCCCCAUGGCGAAGAAGAGGUGAGCCCCCUGCCGGUGAAAAAGCGGGGCUGGCCGAAAGGCAAGAAGAGGAAGAAAAUCCUUCCGAAUGGACCGAAGGCCCCCGUGACGGGCUACGUCCGCUUUCUGAACGAACGACGGGAGCAAAUUCGCAUGCAGCGCCCGGAUUUGCCCUUCCCUGAAAUCACAAAAAUGUUGGGAGCAGAGUGGAGUAAACUACAGCCCACAGAAAAACAGCGCUAUCUGGAUGAGGCUGAGCGGGAGAAGCAGCAAUACAUGAAGGAGCUGAGGGAAUACCAGCAGUCAGAAGCUUACAAGCUGUGUGCUGAGAAGAUGCAAGAGAAGAAAAUCAAGAAAGAGGAUGCUGGUACUGGAACUGUGAACACAUUGCUAAAUGGAUACAAGACUGGAGAAAGUGGCAGUGAUGGCUUCUCAACAUUUGAUGUCCCUAUUUUUACAGAGGAAUUCUUAGACCAGAACAAAGCACGGGAAGCAGAGCUGCGGAGGCUGCGUAAGAUGAACACGGAGUUUGAGGAGCAGAAUACCAUCCUGCAGAAGCACACGGAGAGCAUGAGCUGCGCCAAGGAGCGCCUAGAGCAGGAGCUUGCACUGGAGGAGAGGCAGACAAUGGCACUGCAGCAACAGCUCCAGACCGUGCGCCAAGCUCUGACAGCCAGUUUUGCCAGCCUUCCCAUUCCAGGCACAGGUGAAACCCCCACACUGAAAACACUUGAUUUCUACAUGGCAAAGCUUCACAGCACCAUUGAGAGCAAUCCCAUACAACACGAAAGGCUGGUUGUCCGAGUCAAGGAGAUUUUGUCCCGUGUUGCCAACGAGCAUUUGUGAGUAACGGAUGCUGGGCACAACUUGAAAACAUCUCAACUACAGUUUGCCAGGUUGAUGGGACUACACUGCCAUACGCUCCUCCUGAUGCAGCUGCCUUUAUGUAGCAGAUCUUCUCCAGACCCUCUUCUCUUCAAAAAGCCUUAAGUUGCCUUCUCUGCUCCUAAAAUAUGUAGGAAAACCUCUUUUCUUUCUGAGCUUAGUCCUCUCUUGGCUCUUUCUGAAGUUGCUGGCAGGACAGCAGAUGGUAGAAUGACAGAAAAUCAAUGAGACUUGUCCAUGAUUGCUGGGUUCUGGAACUCUGUUUUCUCCUCCAAAGUACAGAUUUCCAGGCUAAUUUUGCCACAAAAAUGAGUAUUGCAGUCACUGGGCUAUGUGGCUGACUCCUGUGGCUACUAACAGGUCACACAGGAAUAUCAAAAGCAGACCAAGGGAGGCCAAUAUUUGUAGGCAGAUAUCAGAAUGGCUAGAAGUAGAUCAAUAAGGAUUUUUGACUCCCAAUUAACAAUAGCAGCUACACAAUGCCACCUCUAACUCUAAAUUAUACUACUGGGAUUAUGAAAGAUGGGGUUGUGUGAGGCCUUUAAAUGCUGAUCCUUGGUCCUUCUUUAAUUUUUAGCAUAUACCUGACUCCAAUUGGUGGACUGAAAAAAAGCAGAAUAGAUCCAAGUCUAAAAACUGCCCUUCCCUCUGAUAAGAGGUACAAAUGAGCAGAUAAUUUCAAUGAAUUCCAUUCCACUUGUGUUUUUAAAAUCAGAGCAAAACAUUCCAUUACUUAACUAUUAUAGUUUGUAUUGUCAUUUUAAUUAUUUUAUUGGAACAUUUGAACGACAAGUGUUUUGGAAUGUUUUUUGGAAUUGAGAAAUGCAUUGCAAAAUUAGAACAAGUGCAAAUCCAAGAGAUAAGUGUAUUUCAAUCCAGAUAUCCAUCCACAGAAUGUUUAUCUGAUUAAUUCUCACCAGGAUGUGUUAAUCAUCUCUAAUGAGUUGUUUCAUUGACUGAAUUCAUAUAUGCUAAACCAUGGCUUGCUUAACCAUGGUUUAUUGAAUAGCUGGGUUUACACAAAUAUGUCAAAUUAAAAAAAAAAAAUUCUCCUGGUGACUCAAAGAUGCUUUUUCAAAAGUCACCUGCGCUAUUUUUUUUUCCUUGAAGAUGUUUUGCUUCUCAUCCAAAACGUUUUCUUCCUCCUCAAGGGGAAAAAAAAAAUAAGGUUGCCUUUGGAAAAGCAUCUUUGAGACAACUCUGAUCGGCAUGCCACAAACCGGUCCGUGCAAACAAGCAAAGCCUCAUCUGCAGGAUGCAGGCAGCACACUAAACCAUGCCCCCUCCGGUCCAUAAAAAAAAACCUCUCCAUGGAACCGGUCCGUGGUGCCCCAAAAGUUGGGGACCUCUGAGUUAGAGGGAUGUGGGAAUAUUGACAAAGGUUGUGGUUGCAUGGCAGGCUUACUCAUAAUUAUCCAACCAUAGUUUACUCAGUUUGCCCAAUUUUCUGCAGUUGCAUGAUCUACUUAAACAUACACUAACAAUGCAGACCGGGUUCACACUAGGCUGAAACCUAGCUGGUUGUUUUGGAGUCUGCAAAAACAGUCCACGUGUCAUUUCAAAAAUCUAUCUGUCUCAAGAAGGGCAAUUUAUGGCAUGCAGAACACAAGCAUAUUGAUUUCAAUCCCUUUUCAUCUUCUAGGGCAGUUUGAGGUGAAGAUGGGAAUGAAUUCCUUUUGGGAGCCUUGAACUUCCAUCCCCUGGUCAAAAAAAAAAAAAAAAAAUGGAGUUCAGCUCAGGAGACUGACUUUCAACUAUUGCCAUAAAAUUGACCUAGCUUAAAGCUGAUGCCAUUUCUCCAAGCUAGAUGAUUAGUGCACAUAUUAUUUUAAAUCAUGUUGAGUAAUCUAUUUAAUACUGGAGAUUCCAGGCAAGUUUUUUAUUGUGUACAGUAAGUUUCAAAAGGUGGAGUUUCUCUUAGACCUGCUGCCUUAUAUUAUUUUAAAUACUGUGACUUAAAAUCCAACUAAUAUUUUUCCAGGGUGAAUACCCCUCCCAUCACAGUGUGCAUUUGUUGUGCAUUUGUUGACAUGCUGUACAUCAUGAAAAGUUUUGCAGAUGGGAUACAAAUCAAUCCCUCAGGAAUGUAACAUGAAAUUUUGGGGGUUCUUGUGUUUUGAAUCAAAGAUACAUAUAUAAGGUUGUAGAAUCUCUGAAACCAAACUAGGAUUCUGAAGACAGAUACCCAUCUUGUAUGCCAGGAAUUUUCAAAGUCAUUGUUCCUUCUCCUUGAAAAGAAUGGAUGCAAGAUUCUAUGAAGAAAAUUGCAUAUGUAGAUUUAAGUUUACUUCAUCUAAAAUAAUGAUAGUUAGUUGCUAGAAGCAAUUUAACAAUGCAAAACUCGGGUUACCUUGGCAUAAAAUAAUGGCUUUAUUUAUUACAUAAUGUUGCACCUCUUCCUCAUAACAGAAUAAAUAAAUCCCUGCUGAUUAUUAUUGUGAAUUAAUUCUGACUUAGUUUUGUAUUUUCUUAAUGCAUAAGGAUGGGUUUUUUUAACAUAAUAUUUGCAUUUAAAAUUGUAUUUUCAACCUUUUCCUUCCCCUCUGUUGCAAAAAAAAAAAAAAAUUAACAGUAUGGAAAAGGGUUAUGCUGCUCUGGUGAGGGCAGGUGUUCUUUUUAAAAAAUAAAUAAAAUACAUAUGUGUACAAACUAA